CCAUCGCCAAUUCAAGAUUUGACUUUCUAGUGCUCAGACUGCUUUCUCCUUGUCCAGCGUAAUAACGCCCACUUGGAAAAUUCUAGAACUAAAGUAUCACCGGUGAAAGUCUGCCAUGAACUGCAGGCCUAGAUAACUAAAAAAAACAUGGCACAUGAAAUUCAAUUAAUAUAAGAAUAAUACCCAACAUUUUGGGCGAUAACAUCAAAAUUUGUAGCAAUGAUAGCAUGUUAUCUUUCCGAUGCUUUUCUGCCUGAAGCCCACACAGCCAAUCAAAUUCUACUGCACAUAAACUUCCUUCCGUGCGAAUCUCUCUUCCUUUCGUCGGAUGUUGAGUAAGAAAUCUCCUUCACUUUAAUCAAGUAGCAUUCAAGUCUUUGUACCAAUUUGACAAUAGAAUAAAAAAAGUCAUAUUUUGACAACUAAAUAUUUUAAAAAAUUGUGGACAAUUUAAAGCAACUAAAUUUUCGAAAGUUUUGGUUCACGAUAUCCGUGCCCACUAUUUGUCGUGUAGGAUGCAAAAACCUACUUGUUGGUUGCUUGGUCAGGUUUUUUAGAUCGGAAAAAUUCUAGUUUAACAGAUCAUCAGACCAAACUCAACCACAAUUCGAACUAGAUCACCAAAAAUGUGAAACUUGCUAAAAAUAAGGUGACAUUGCAUGUGUGCUGGAAGUAAAUUAAAAAAUAAUUGGUGCUAUUAUUAAAUCUUUGUCGGUUCAUCAUAAUUAAAUUGAAUUAGAGGACGAAAACAUUGACAGCUUAUUUUGUUCUCCAUCCAGCAGUGCACGAUAGAUUAGUCAAUGUCAUUCAUCAUACAUAGCCAGCCAGAUAUUUAAGGAGAUACCGUCAACUGUGAUAACGAUAACAUGAAAUAAGAAGGGGCCAAGGAUUUCAAGGUGGCUUCCAAAAUCGAAAAUAGACUGAUUUACCAAGGAAAAGGUUGAUUCACUCAUUUAUCGAACAGCUGGUUGGUUAUCUACUCAAGUCAACCAAGUUGAAAAGGGAUCUGGGAAUUAUCGGUGGUGCUACAUUAUUGGAAACAUUCUACUCAAUACGAUACAAAUUUUAGUUGGAAGUCAAGUAUUUAAGUUUGUGCGAUUUUAAAAAUCAACCUGAUAAUUUUUCUACUCAAAUUAUCCUCAUUUUUUCACUCACAAAAAGACUCUAAGUCAAGAUGGAGAACGGAGGCGGCGGUCUGUUUGGAGGAGCAGAGUUCAAGAUGCGCAUUGAUGGCAUGACUUGUCAGUCCUGUGUCAAAAACAUUCAAGGGCAUGUGAGCGGAAAGGCAGGAAUUCACACCAUCAAGGUGGAUUUGAAAGGAAGGAGUGGCGUCGUGUCAUACGAUCCUGGUGUUUGGACGCCACAAGACAUCAUGGAAGUGGUAGAGGACAUGGGGUUCGACACAAAAUUAUGGACGCCAGAAUGUGACCUUGAAGAACCCCCAACAACCAGCAGCGACCAAAAUUCCAAAAGUUCUGGGACUGAAAAACCUCCAAAAGAAUUAGUCAUCGACAUAUCCUCAGGGGAGGAGAAAGAUUUAGAAAGAUGCAUACUACGGAUUCAAGGAAUGACUUGUGCAUCUUGUGUAGCUGCAAUUGAAAAACAUGCCAAAAAAGUUGCCGGUGUUAAACAAAUUUCUGUGGCGCUAAUGGCCGCAAAGGCCGAAGUAAUAUACGAUGCUUGUCAAAUUUUUCCGAACCAAAUUGCCAAUGCAAUUUCAGAGUUGGGGUUUGCAUGUGAAGUUAUCGAUGACUAUAAUGCCGGACAGGGUGAAGUUGUCUUGAGGAUCGAAGGAAUGAAUUGUCAAAGCUGUAUUCCUGAUAUUGAGUCACACGUUAUGAAACUGAAGGGGUUGAUUUCCGCUAAUGUGACGUACAGUUUGAGUUCUGGACGUUUCAAGUACAAUGCAGAAGUAACGGGACCGCGAGAUAUUAUUGACGCUAUAAAUGAACUUGAAAGGUUGCAAGCUUCCUUGCAACAACAUCCACAUGUUGGAGACUUGCAGCACAAAGAUACAACGCGAAAGUGGAGAAAUUCUUUCAUGGUAUCACUUAUUUUUGGAGUUCCGAGUAUGAUAGUCAUGAUGUACUUUAUGUUGACGAUGGACAUGGAUCAUCAGCAUCAUGCUACAUGCGAACUUCCAAUGUGCAUAAUACCCGGCGUUUCGUUAGAGAACUUUCUUUUAUUUCUGCUGGCCACACCUGUCCAAUUUAUUGGUGGCAGACACUUUUAUAUUGCAGCUUGGAAAGCAAUAAAGCAUCACUCGACGAACAUGGAUGUCCUUAUAAUGUUGGCGACAACGAUUUCUUAUUCUUACUCCUUCAUUGUACUUCUUGCUGCAGCGAUAAUGCAACACAAUCCGAGUCCAAUGACUUUCUUUGAUACUCCGCCAAUGUUGCUGCUUUUUGUCUCACUUGGAAGAUGGUUGGAAGCUGUGGCGAAGGGGAAAACAUCAGAAGCAUUGGCAAAGUUACUCUCAUUGAAGGCUACUGAGGCCCUGCUCGUAACCAUUACUCCUGAUUUUGAAGUUACGUCUGAGCGACAAAUCUCAGUUGAUUUGGUCCAAAGAGGCGACAUAUUAAAAGUGAUUCCUGGAUCCAAAAUCCCCGUUGAUGGAAAAGUGAUCUUUGGCAGUUCAAUGUGUGAUCAAUCUAUCAUUACCGGAGAAUCAAUGCCAGUCGUAAAAAAGAAAGAUUCCCUAGUCAUUGGAGGGUCCAUCAACGCCAACGGAAUGCUUCUAGUCAAAGCCACUCAAGUUGGGGAUGAUACCACUCUCGCUCAAAUCGUCAAAUUGGUAGAAGAGGCUCAAACAUCCAAAGCCCCAAUUCAGCAGCUUGCAGACAAAAUUGCUGGAUAUUUUGUUCCUAUUGUUGUUGGAUUUUCUCUGCUCACUCUCUUCGGAUGGAUAUUGGUUGGCUACAUUCACCCACAAUCAAUGAAUGUCAAGCAUUACGAUGAGGAACGGUUUAAUCAUCACGAAUUGGUGUUUCAAUAUGCUUUUCGAUAUGCAUUAACCGUUCUAGCGAUUGCAUGCCCUUGCUCCCUGGGUCUUGCUACACCCACGGCUGUCAUGGUCGGCACAGGAGUUGGUGCCCUUAAUGGAAUAUUAAUAAAGGGUGCUGAACCACUUGAAAAUGCUCACAAGGUCACAACUGUCGUAUUUGAUAAAACUGGAACAAUUACUCAUGGGGUUCCAAUGCUGACCAAAAUUUCCCUUCUGACCAAUGAUAGUUUCAUUCCAUUUUAUAAACUCUUGUCCAUCAUAGGAGUAGCGGAAUCAAAUAGUGAACAUCCUAUUGGAUCAGCAAUCGUGAGGUUUGUCAGGGCCACGGUUAAGUCAGAACUCAAUGGUAAAUGCGAGGAUUUCGUUAUCGUUCCGGGAUGCGGUCUCAAGGCUACAGUGACUCGUGUUGACAAUAAUUAUAAGUCACUUAUGGACGAUGAAAGUCAGCACAAUCUGUUAAACGCAAGAUCAUCCACGUGGACCAUUGACCAAGUCACUAUUGACACUUCGCUUCAGAACCAAUUUGGGAGCUUUGCUUCUAAUGCAGAACCACUCAUUCCUCUUGGUGACGCAACUACAAUUGAGACUUUUGAGGUGCUAAUUGGAAACCGAGAGUGGAUGCGUAGAAAUGGAAUCAAUGUCCCAGAAGCGGUUGAUAGAAUCAUGAUUGAUCAAGAAGACCAAGGUCAAACCGUCGUACUUUGCGCAAUAAACGGCGUUCUUUGUACUAUCUUGGCUGUGGCUGACACUGUAAAACCUGAAGCCGCCCUUGCCGUAUUUACCUUAAAAAAGCGCAAUGUUAACGUAAUCUUAUUGACUGGUGACAACAAAAAGACUUCAGCGGCUAUUGCCAGACAAGUUGGCAUUGGUCGUGUAUAUGCUGAGGUAUUGCCGUCUCACAAGGUGGAGAAAAUCCGUCGUCUUCAAGACCAGGGUCACAGAGUUGCAAUGGUUGGGGACGGAGUUAACGACAGUCCUGCAUUAGCCCAGGCCAAUGUAGGAAUCGCCAUCGCUUCCGGUACAGAUGUAGCUGUUGAAGCUGCUGACGUCGUAUUGAUUCGGAAUGACUUGUUGGACGUAAUCGGAUGUUUGGACCUCAGUCGUACCACCGUUCACCGUAUCAGAUUGAACUUUGUAUUUGCCAGUGUUUACAAUAUCAUUGGCAUUCCUCUCGCUGCUGGAUUGUUUAGUCACUGGGGACUUUCUCUCGAGCCAUGGAUGGGCUCGGCUGCAAUGGCUCUCAGUUCCGUCUCGGUUGUGUGCUCUUCACUUCUGUUGAAGCUAUUCAAGAAACCAACUCGGGAAAGUUUGACCACAACAGAGUUCUUGAAGAGUAUGGAUGCACGAAGCAGACAGCCCAAAGACUUUGACGACGUAUCCGUUCAUCGGGGUCUUGACGACAUGGGUCCUCCUCCAGACAUGUCUCGCCUCUCUCGAGCCAGCAGCACCAUCAGUCGGAACGGGUUUGGUGGAUCAGAUAUUGUAUACUCCCUCAAGAAUGGAAAGAAGAGGACGACGAGCAAUGGAGUGUCGGUCCACUCUGACCAAGGGUCAGGUGGAUAUUCACGGGUCGAUUGUUGCGUUGGUGGGGAGGACGGCUCGGAUGAACUGGAAUACCUCAUUGCUUAAUUGACACAAGUAAAAGUCGACAAUAUUACAUAAGUCGUCGGAUAUCAGAGUCUCAUUCAUUGAAUUAGAAUUUAAAAUAGUUAAACUAGACAAGUAAUACUCAAAAUUCGUAGCAUUGUCAUGAGAAAUUUGACCAUUGCAUUGCAUUUCUUAGUACAACACGCCCACAAAUGAUAUUUACACACAACACCGUAUGCACGUACAAUUGGACACCCGGAAAAUAAUUCCACACUACGAAAAAUUAGUCUAGUAUAAUAGUCCAGUAGAACACUUAUCCUAUAUAAUGAAGUAAUACUCACAUAUGUAACUUCUUCUUCUUCAACCUCUCUUUUUGUUGUGAUUGAAUUAUUAUUAUUUGUAGCUCUUUACACGUUAUGUGCCAUUUAUUUUGCUAUAUUGCAUUGAAGCCGCACAAUAAUUAAACUAUUUGUAGAAUA